AUGAGUCUGCUGCAGGCAGCUGUUGAGAAAGCCCACCUUCUCCUCGAAAGAGAAGAAGAAUUAGUACUGCAGCAAGAAGCUGCUGCUGCUGCUGCUGCUGCGCCGGAUGCUGCAGUAGCAGCAGAUGAUGAUAAUGCCGUGGAAGCAGCAGCAGCAUUAGCAGCAGCAGCAGCAGCAAAUGCAGCAGCAGACAAAAAUGCUGCUGCAGCAUGGCCUUCUCCUUCUGCUGCUGCAUUCCUCGUCAGCUGUUCGCAGCGUCUGCAGCUUGCUGCUGCUGCUGCUGCUGCAGCAGACACAGCAGCAGCAGCAGCAGCAGCAGCAGCAGCACAGCCAAAAGAGGAGGAUGUUGGUAAUAUUGCAUUUGUUGUGGGAAACAGCAGCACAGAUCUGGAUUCUACUGUAGCUGCUAUUGGCUACGCCUUCUGUAUGGAGACAUGCCGCCUGCUGCAGCAACAGCAGCAGCAACAGCAGCAACAGCAGCAGCAGCAGCAGCAGCAGCAGCAGCAGCGGGUUUGUCUUCCUGCCUUCUUACCCUUUGUUGAUUGUUCCCCUGAGGAUUUCCGCAGCAAGCUGCAAGUGCUGCAGCAGCAGCAGCAACUGCAGCAGCAACAGCAACUGCAGCAGCAGCAGCAACUGCAGCAGCAGCAGCAGCAGCAGCAGGGGGGGAGUAAGAAGGGAUGUGUUUGUUUUUGUUUGGUUGACCACAACAACUUGGAGGGAGAUAGGAGGCUGUGGCAGGAGAAAGUAAUAAGUUGCUUAGAUCAUCAUGAAGAUAAACAACAAUUAACAACAAAUGCAUGCAAAUAUAUUACUGGUCCUCGUGUUGGCUCCUGUGCCUCUCUUGUUGCAUUAGCCCUAAGGGCUGUACAACGUCUUGGGGGUUUGCCGCCUCCCCCUCGCGACCUCGCGGCCCUUCUUAUAGGGGCUAUUAUAACAGACACCGUGGCGUGUAAACCCGAGCUACGAGGGGUUCGAUGGAACGAAGUGGAUAAAGGAGCAAUGGAUUGGUUAUUGAAUAUAUUAGGAUGGAGUUAUGAGGGUUUAGCGAUUGUUAGACGAGGGUUUGAAAUCCUUAGAUUUGAUAUACAGAAACAACUCGCCCUCGCAGACGCAGCAGCGUCGGGUUUGCAGCUGUAUGUGCUGUUGUCGCUAAACCCUAAAAAAGAAAAUAAUCAACAGAUGGAGCGACAGCUGGCGAUCCUCGCUGUGGCAUCAGAAGACGAAAGACUUGAAGCGGCACGAGGGUUUAUAACAAGAUGUAACAACAUACAAGAAGGAGAAGAGGUUAACUCAAAUCUAUCAAGGAAGCUCUUAGAGCCACUCUUAGCAUUUUGCUUUCAAUAG